GAUUUUCCCUUCACCACCUGCUCCCCGCUCGGCUCCCAUACCCUAUCCCAUCGUUUCCAUCGCUCGUUUAUUGGGACCGGCAUUGCCUGGCGCUCCUGCUGUUCUCUCGCUCCUCUGGCCGGGAGGAUCAUGUUGGAGAUAAUCUCCUGAUCCUAGUCGUGGACUUCCGUUUCGCCCAUGUCAAUGUACGCCCGUUUUUAGAGUCGGAAGUCUUUGAGUACUGCACACUUUCCGCGCCGUUUGACGCAUCGGUCUUUCAGUGCCGGACACUACAUACCUAAGUCGGCUGUGAUACAAGAGCCUGACGAAUCAUCCGUUUCGCAGCCUUUCGUAUACGAAUUUCCUUAUUUUGAGCUUGACAAAAUCCGGCAUUUCUAUUCGAUAUCUGUUCAUAUCUUGUCGAUCGACUGUUCAAUACUGGUGCUGGGAGGGAGAAUUGAGAACUCGAACUACAUCUGAAGAAAUAAACAUCUAUUACAACCGCGAUUCGAGCAGCUACAAGGCAUAUAACCCCCUACGACGGCCCGAGCCAUGAAUAACCACUUCGUGCCCUUGCUCGCUCUGCUAGCAUGGACAACACUAUGGAUAUCCGUGGACAGUUCCAGUUCCCUCACAUAUUGCUCUAGUGUCAAUACCGGGACGGGCUCCGCUAACUUUUCCAUUUAUCAGUCAAAUGGUAACUGCGAGGAUCAUUGCAGCGACAGCGCUUUCGCGAUUCUGUUAGACAAGAACUGCUGGUGCUCUGAUGUUGCCCCCAACGAGGACGACAACGUUGACACUUCAAAAUGUGACGAUAACUGCCCUGGGUAUCCGGACGAUUCAUGCGGAAACGCGGGCGACAGUUUGUACGCCUACAUCCAGCUCGGGAGUCCGUCAUCAACAGCGAGCGCGUCGUCGACAAAAUCGACAACCUCGUCAACGUCAACCACAAGCUCCAAGACCUCUACAACAUCCGACACCACGACUACUACCCAUUCAAGUAUCACUGAGACCCAAACUCACGGUGGUGUGGUGACUACUAUAACGGUAGACAGUUCCAGCGCAACAUCUGCAGCGGAUUCGAACGCCAGUACAGAGGACAGUGACAGCGACUCCGGCCUCAGCGGCGGGUCUAUUGCGGGAAUCGUCGUUGGAGUUUUGGGUGGUGUUGCCUUAAUAGUGGCUGCUGUCAUCUUCUUCCUCGCAAAGCGUCGCCAGAGCGACCCGAGCAACUACACUGGUGGCAUUGACGGCAGACAAAGCAAAGGCUCCCAGAUGAGCUACGCCAACCUUGGAGACAAUCAUAGCCACACCUUGUCCAACGGAUCUUCCAUACCAGCGCGCCUGCCCACUUUUACAGAUAACCGCCUGAACACGGGCGCAAUGUUGCGUCGGGAUAGCGACAUAUCCCUUCAAGAUAACGAAGACUAUUCACGGCCAGUUCUUCGACUCACCAAUCCCGACUAGUCGCCCACCACUUCCACGAUUUUCCUUGAAUCAUGCAUCGAAUUUCCCUUAUUUUAUUCGAUUUUUUGCACGGCGAAACAGCGGUGUUAUGAUACCCAUUUGACCAUCAACUGUUAUUGAUCUAGGAGAGGGCAGCUCUUAGCAUCUCCUCGGCGUGUCUCGAUAUUGGAGUAGUGUAUUAUCAGCAUUAUGGAAGCAUUUGAUAUAUUGGUUAUUUGAAGCGAGCCGGUCUCAUCUGGGGUUAGAAAACUGCACAUGGCUCACUGAGUCCAGUCACACCCGCAACAGCCCCUUAUAUUCGGAUGCAACGGCAAACUUGUUGUCGCAGUACCCAUCGUAUGUCAUCAUAA